CAGCAAAAGAAAAUACGGAAGAACAAGAUGUUGUGACAAGUCUGUGACAAUCAUGUACGUGAGCCCUCUCUUGGAUAAAGAGACCAGCAUGUAUCCAGGAUCUGCAAGGUGCAGCAGCAACAACCUGCCCGUGCAAAACUUUGUGUCUACUCCACCCUAUCCAGAUUACAUGGGAUAUCAUCAUGUGCCAGGUCUGGACACCCACGGACAGCCGGCGGGGACCUGGGGAUCGCACUACGGCCCACAGCGGGAUGACUGGAACGCCUACGGCCCAGGACCUUCCAGCACGGUGGCUGCUGCACAGAUCAACGGCUCCUCUCCUGGACAGGUCUCCUACAGCUCUGCUGAUUACAGCUCCCUCCAUCCCGCGGGAUCCGCAGGGUUACCUCCUGUAGAUACAGUCAGUUCACAGCAGAUCUCACCCACCAGCCAAAGGCACAGCUCUUACGAGUGGGUGAGGAAAACGGUGCAAACCAACACUGCUGGUAAAACAAGAACAAAAGAAAAGUACAGAGUUGUUUACACAGACCACCAGAGACUAGAAUUAGAGAAGGAAUUUCACUGCAACAGAUAUAUUACAAUAAGGAGAAAGUCAGAACUUGCAGCAAACCUGGGACUAUCUGAAAGACAGGUGAAAAUUUGGUUCCAGAACCGCAGAGCAAAAGAAAGGAAAAUGAUCAAGAAGAAAAUAUCUCAGUUCGAUGGCAGUGGGGGCUCAGCUCAGAGUGACUCUGGUUCACUGAGUCCAAAUGAAAUAUCCAGUUCUCUGUUCCCACCACCGCAUGGAAUAAACGGAUUACAGCCUAAUGACAUUCAUCAAGUCAUUGUUUCAGAAUGAACAUAUGAAAAAUAAAAAGGAAAAAAGA